UUCAACAUUUAAUUUACCUCUAUCCCAUAGCAUAUACACAAAAAAAAAAGAAAAGCUCCAAAUUCCCCAAAACUUCUUCUCAUGGGAAACAAGAGUGGGAAUUCUUGGUUGAAUGCAGUGAAGAAGGCCUUCAGAUCUCCCACCAACGACGAUGAGAAGAAGAGAAGCAGCAGAAGAAGAGAAGAUCACGAGCCAAAAGAAGAAGAAAAAAAAAGUGGAAAGAAGAGAUGGAUAUUCGGCAGGCAUUUAUCUGUGAAGACGACGACUCAGCACAACGUUGUAAAUUCUUCGGCAGUUAGCGGAGAAGAGAAUUUGGUGAGGAAGCAGCCCAAAAUGGAGGGCGAGCACAAACAUGCAUUGGCGGUGGCUAUGGCGACCACGGCAGCACUGGAGAUCAUCCGGCUCACUAGGCCGGCCCUUUUGCUCAAACAAGACAAGGCUGCUCUCUUCAUUCAGAAAAUUUUCCGAGGAUACCUGGCAAGGAGAGCUCUAAUGGCGUUAAGAGGCGUGGUGAAGCUGCAGGCGGUAAUAAGAGGCCACAAUGUCCGAAAACGUGCAAAAAGGACCCUCCGAUGCAUCCAAUCUCUCGUUCGGGUUCAAUCCAUAGUUUGUAACCAGCGCCGGAGGCUGUCCUGCGAAGCCGCAACCUUAGACUCAAUGUUCACGCAGUCGAGUCGAGUUUCGAAUCGCUCGGCCGUCGGUCCUACCGAGCUUGAAAAAAUUCAUGCUUUAAUACACAAGACAAAAGAAUGCUCACUCAAACAGGGCAACACGCUAGCUCAUGCAUUGUCUAAGCAGAUUUGGGUGACUGAGGAUGAAGAUUCAAGCAGGAAAACAGGAUAUAGUUGGAUGAGGAAAGAUAGGAAUCUAUGCAACCAAAGAGAUCCAAUCAAGACUAUUGAAGUAGAUUCCAUGCUUGUGCCUGCAGGUUUAAAUGCGAAGCGCCUCAAUCUCGGUCUUCAAUCUCCUAGAACUCCCAAGACGAGGUGUUAUCAGCAAGAUGAAGCUGAGUCGCCUAGCUCACGAAGGAUGAGCAUGAGCGACAAGUCUUGCCCUUUGCCUCGACCAAACUAUAUGACGGCCACUGCAUCAGCUAUAGCGCGUGUUAGGCCAAGCAGCGCACCAAGGCACAGGCAGUCGAGCCCGAAUAGAGAUGAUCAAUCCAACUACCAAAGAUGCAGAGAUAAUAAGCCUUACUACGCCACUGAUUGACAUGCAAGAAGGGAUAAUGUGCCUAGAUUUCUAUGACAAUUCGUAGAUGAAUGCACAUCAUUUUAACUGUAAUAAGCUCAGCAAGCAAUCUUCGAUGUGCCUUCAACAACUUAUGUCUGAUCUUGAAAUUCCUCAGACUUGUUUUCCUCUGUUUUUCUGUGUUAGAGAAUUUGACUCAUUUUUGGGACAAUGCUGAAAUGGCUUAGAAUACUGGUCCCCUUGGGAUGUCUCGACAGCAAAAGACUUGAGAUUUGAAUUUCGUCAA